AUGCGAAACAUCUUCGCCAAGACUCGAUCCGAGAAUAGCUCUCAGCGCAACUCUAGCGCGAAUGUGAGAGAUCGACCAACAGCCGUUCGGGAAACGGGUAGUUCGCAGACAAAACGCAUGGAGGUGUGGAAGCUUGCCGCCGAGCUGGGUUUCACUGAUGCCCAGGUGGCGGUUGCCCUGAAACACGGUUGCCACUCGACAGAACAAAUUUUAGACUACAUUCUGACGCACAAGAUUCGCCCGGAUGGCUCGAGCGCCGGCCCUGCGGCUGGAGCUCAGAGAACGUCACCGGAGCCUAACUCGGGCUUGCCUCCACCUGCCGACCGACACCGCGACCAGAAAGAAGGCACGAACGACCCGAACAACACAGAGCAGGCAGAGUUGCAAAGAGCAAUCGAACUCUCACGCCGCGAGUACCUUCGGCCUAGAGAUGCAUUGGCGUCCAGUACGGAGAACGCAGUUUCCAAACCCGUUGGUUCCCAAGCGCCGACCGCGGAGAGUCCGCUCGCUCUCGCCUCGGAUACUGAACUACAGCGCGCUAUCGAAGCGUCCCUUGAAGAAGAACGAAAAGCCCGACAGCGCUUUGAACUCUCUCUCUUUAGGCCGUCGGAGGCAUCGCUUGAUCCGAAUACUGUCGUCCGAGUGUCACCGAUGGAGCCAAUUGGUCUCUGUAAUGUCGGCAACACCUGCUACCUCAAUUCCUUACUCCAAGUAUACUACCAUACCCCUUCUUUUGUUAGGCGUGUAUUUUCGUGGCGCGAGGAUCGAGUCGACACAGAAAAGACACCUCCGAAAGCCAUUGAUGUCGUUCGCGAGCUCCAACGCCUCUUCGCGUACCUGCUUCUCUCCGAGCGCCGUUACGCGGACCCUACCGGUUUCCUGUACGCGCUUGCGGAGACCUUGAAUUCAGCUGCCCUGGAUCUGGGAGCUCAACACGACCUCAGUGAGUUCAAUGAGACGUUCCUGCGCUCCAUAGAGGCUGCUCUGCAGACGGUAGACAACACGGAGCCAUUGCAGCGCACAUUUACGCACUCCUUUGUUCAGGAAUUGCAUUGUCGAGUCAUGGAGGGAGCGCAUCAAGUCGCAAUGGCGGUUGAAAUGAAUCCACAAUGCUCAUCCGAUGGAUCGGGCACCCACGGGGCGCCCCAGUCCCCAGGAGCAAGCGAUACACCAGCGCUCGACGCGAUGCUGGAGCGGCUCAGCGGACUGCAGUCCGCAACGUGGCGGCUUGCCGACCGAGUUGAGGGAACCACCAGUGCGCUCAUUCUCGAUGUUGCUUCGGGUAACUGCCGGGACUUGUACGCUGCAUUGGAUGAGUAUGUGCUCGCCGAUGUGGAGUAUCAGCCAGAAAAGCUGACGCCGGGGACUCCUAUACACGCAGAUUCUAAUCCGAGCGAUACGCAGGCGUCGACGAGCGGGAUAACAACAGCACCAACGACGAAUACCCGCACCGCAACCAAGUCUGUAUGGUUUCAAACUCUGGCUCCAGUGCUUUUUAUCUAUCUUCAGCGAUUGCGCUUCAACCAAGAGACUCACAUGCCGGAGAAGGUGAACGAUUUCUUCGAUUUCGCAGAGACAAUCUAUCUAGAUCGGUACCUUGAGCGUAACCGUGAAGCAGCGCUCUUAGCACGACUACAAGAUGCGCAGUAUUGCCGUGAAUACGCUCAGUUAGAGCAGGAGCUCCAACGACUGCUUCACUUACCAGGGUUGCAAGAGCCAUCGGAUGUCGUCUACGAGGCGGUGCUUGAGCGACUACGCGCCCUGGAUCCCGGAAAUUCCUCACAUCCGCCUGUCGUUGUCGACCAGAGCGAGACUGCACAUCGGGAACAGGCCCUUGAGAGCUUGUCCUACGUCUACGUGACAGAGAAACAACAACGCGAACGGCUUGAGACACGAAUGGCGUGUCUCGCGGAGGAAAUGGUGCAAAACUUUGCCAGCCUGUCGAAUGAAGCGUAUCGGUUGCAGGCAGUGCUUGUACACGAGGGCGCCCCCGAGGCAGGUCAUUAUUUUGUUUUCAUUCGAUCGACUCGAGCGGGCGACUGGUACGAAUUCAAUGACCAACGAGUACGUCGCGUCUCGUGGGAGCAUGUCCACUCGGUGGGGCGCGGUGGGCCCGGCACAGCCUCUGCCUACGCGUUGCUCUACAGACGGGAAGAACACGGGGAGGCGAGCCAGCUUCCCUCCAUCGAAGAGGCCAAGCGUCUGCUACCGGCGUCGCUCGUAGCGGAAAUCGCUGCGAACAACGCAGUGCUUCGGGAGGAGGUAGAACGCGAGAAAUUGCGUCCAGUAGUUGAGAGCAUCUCCGAACGCCUUCGACAACCGGAAAAGGACGAGACAUUCCUGGAGCGCCCUGAAUGGCUUUGUCUUCAUCAAGGUCAGGUCGCAGACGCUGUCCUCUUGGCAACAUGUCAUGUGUACAGCGACCAGACCCAGGGCGUAGAUCUGUUCACGGCGCUGCGAAAACACCGUGCACUACGGACACAUACAAACGACGAAACAGCAGGGAACACCGAGGCCAACGAGCCAGUGUUGCCGCCAACCAAGGCGUCAGCGUCCACGUUUCUCGGAGCGAUGAAGUCCGCAGCGUCCGGGCCAUUCUCCGACGACAUUCGCGAACUUGCUACCCGUCUCGAGUGCGCAGACAACGAAACUCUGAACCAGCUGGAAAACGCAUACACGCGAGCCCAACAAACGUAUCGAGUGACGAUUCUAGCGCUGAUGCUCACCGGUAUCGCCGCAGAAUGCAUACGAGAAAGUUCCUGGCGCGAUGCAGCGUCUGCGAUCACCAGUAUAUACGAUAAGGCGUCGGCGGGCAUCUCGUAUGCAGGGCUGACUGCCUCUCUUAGGAAUUGUGUAGAGCAGCUUGUUUCCCAAACGAAAACCUCUGACCCGGAGCUGUCCAACUGGUUUGCGCACGAAUACCUGCCAGAGAAGGCGCUUGAAAAGGAGCCAGCAGACAACUCGACACCAACGUCGACACCUGCACCCGCUUCCGGAGCUGCGCCUGGUAGCGAGAUAGAGCGUUGCUCGCGACGCACGGCACCGCAGCGUCCAAGGUUACCUCCCUGUGAUGAACGUAUGGUCAGUGCCAGAAUAUCUGCGUUUGGAAGCCAAGAAGCGGCAGUUCGUUGGUACGAUGGUCUCGUGCGGGGUUUGGGUUCGCCUCAGCGUUGA